AUGAAUGCCUCGUUGAGUUCUCUCUACGCACGCCAGUGGCAGAAGCAGCAAGCAGAAGAGCAGCAGCAGCAGCAGCAGCAGCAACAACAGCAGCAACGAAAGAAGCAGGACUCCGACAUUAGGGGCUCCCUGCAGGCUGCUGCGCAGCAGCUGCAGCAGCAGCUGCACCAACGUGGAAAAGCUAAGGAGCAGCAGCAGGAGCAGCAGCAAAGUGCUGCUGCCCCUGCUGCUGCUGCAGUUGUAGCGCAGCAGAAUGGGACAGCAGCAGCAGCAGCAGCAACAUCAACAGCAGCAGCAGCAGCAGAUGGUUCUGAUGCAGAGAGCCGGAAGGCGCAGCAACGACGGAGAGCCGCUCGGCGUUCUGCAACUGCAGCAGUAGCAGCAGCAGCAGCAGCUGCUGCUGCUGCUGCUGCUAGAGCUGAGGCCCAGGGCUCCGGGUCUGUGAUGCGCGGCGGUGCUGCUGCAGCACCAGAAGCAGCAGCAGCAGCAGCAAUAGCGCCAAGCAGGCUGCCUGAGGUGUCUCUCGCUACCCUUGUUGGUGUAUCCGCUGCUGUCAAAGACAAAAUAAAUAAACAUAUUAUUCUCCCAUUCCUUGUUAAUCAUCUACUUGAAAACCAGCAGCAGCAGCAGCAGCAGCAGCAGCAGCAGCAGCAGCAGCAGCAGCAGCAGGAGCUUGAGGUGGACUGGGAGAAACACGGCGAGGAAAGCAAAGAACAAAGCAGCAGUACUGCAGCAAGCAACAGCAACAGCAGCAGCAGCAGAAGCAGCAACAGCCUUGUUUGUUCACGUGGGGUGCUGCUGUGGGGCCCACCUGGCGUAGGCAAGUCGCACCUUGCUGCUGCUGCUGCGCGCACCCUCCACGACAUACUGCAGCAGCAGCAGCAGCAGCAACAGCAGCAGCCACAACAACAACAGCAGAAGCAGGAGAGCUCGUUGGACAGCAACGACAGCAGCAAGAAUGAGAACGGCAGGAACAGCGGUGAUGAAGACAACAGCAGCAGCAACAACAGCAACAGCAGCAGCAGCAGCAGCAGCAAUGCGUUGCGACUGUACAAUUUGUCUGUUGCUGCAUGCAUUGGGGCUGGGGGAGAGGAGGUGCUCGAGCAAACAUUUGCUGCUUGCAGAGAUGCAGCACCUGCUGUUUUGCUGCUAGACCGCCUCGACUGUCUCUGCAGCAGCAGCAGCAGCAGCGGGGCAGAUAGCAGCAGCAACAGCAGCAGCAGCAGCAGCAGCAGCAGCGUGACUGGGCUCGUUGACGCCAUCUGCCGCUGCAUCGAUUCGCUCCGCGGCACUCAGGUCUUCGUGAUAGGAUUAGCUUGUAGCUGCAGCGGCGUCCCCUUAGCGCUGCGGCGCAGCGGGCGGCUUGACGUUGAAUUGCAGCUGUCUCCUCCUACGAGAGAAGAGAGAUUAGAAAUUCUUCAAGCAGUGGCUAAGACGCUGCCUUUUAAGGUGUCUGCUGGGCUAGAAGCUGCAGCAGAUGCAGCUGCUGGGGCUGUUGCUGCAGAUCUGCAUGCGCUGCUGCAUGCUGCUGCUAUUGCUGCUCUUCAACGCACCCAGCAGCAGCAACAGCAGCAGCAGCAACAGCAGCAGCAGCAAUCAGGGAGUGGGGGGAGAGGGAGCAGCAGUACCGCCAGCGCGCCUGGAGCAGCAGCAACAACAGGUGCAGCAGCAGCAGCGGCAGCAGCAGCAGCAGGAGGCUGCAUACCUGAUGGAGUUGAGUUGAUGAAGGCCGAUGUGCAGCAAGCAAUCAAAGAAGUGCGGCUAACUAUGCAAAAGGAGACAGGCGUUAUAAACAAAAUGUCUCUAAACGCUGAAUGGAGAGAUGUAGGCGGACUGCGAGCAGCAAAAAAACAAAUCGAAGACAAAAUCAUAUUUCCUGUACUCUUCCCUCAACUCUACAAACAGAUCGGCCUGCGUCGACCAAGCGGCAUAUUGAUGUUUGGGCCUCCGGGCUGCGGAAAGACAAUGCUUGCGCGUGCUUUAGCGAGAACUUGCAAUGCGCACUUCUUCUCAGUCAAGGGGCCUGAGCUGCUGAACAAGUUUGUGGGGGAGAGUGAAGCUGCACUUCGGCGUUUAUUUACAAAGGCGGGGCUUUUCUCUCCUUCUGUUAUAUUUUUUGACGAGAUUGAUGCUCUCUGCAGUGCUAGAGAAGGUGCUUUAAAUAACAACUCAUUAAACGCAAACAACGCACCCUACUCUCACUGGCUAAGGCAGCAGCAGCAGCAGCAGCAACAGCAGCAGCAGCAGCAGCAGCGGGAGUGUGAAGGAGAGUCAGAGCGGGAUAAGAAGAAGCAAAAGAUACGCGAUACGUCUGCCUCAAACCCCCGCAGCAGCAGCAGCAGCAGCAGGAGCAGCAGCAGCAGCAGCAGCAGCAGCAGGGUUGAUGAGAGGUUGAUAGCGCAGAUGCUCACGGAGCUAGAUGGUGUAGCAGCAAGAGAAAAUAUAUUUGUUGUUGCUGCAACUAAUCGCCCGGAUAUAAUUGAUGCAGCACUGCUUAGGCCAGGGAGGUUAGAAGUGCAGGUGUAUGUACACCUGCCACACUUCGAAGAUAGAAAACAUAUCUUCAGGUGCGGGCUUAAAACCCUACUCACAGACGUCGUGCGUCAGCAGCAGCAGCAACAGCAGCAGCAGCAACAGCAGCAGCAGCAGCAGCAAGUGGAACAGGAAGAAGUCGUGGAGGAGCGCCUGCAGCACUUCGACUUCGCACAACUCGCCAAAGAGGCAGAGGGGUUCAGUGGGGCAGACAUCGACGCGGCUCUGCGUGCUGCAGCAGCAGAUCUGCUUCAGCAGCAGCGAGAUGAAUUUGUUAAGGCCCUGAAGCAGCAGGUGAGGGCCGAGCUGCAGCAGCAAGUAAGCAGCAGCAGCAGCAGCAGCAGCAACAGCAGCAGUUUCGUUGCGAAAGCAGCACUGCAGGAACUCGACUCCCUCUCUGCCUUUGAGGUGUACGGGCUGUGCAACCGCCUUGGCGGCAGUCUUGCUGCAGCAGCAGCAGCAGCAGCAGCAGCUGGGGGCCCCGCUGUUGCUGCUGCUGCUGCGCUGCAGCUUAAUCAGCAGCAGCUGCUGCGAGCCGUCAGGCGAACAAAGCCCUCUGUCUCCCCUCAGCAAACUGCUUUCUAUGAGGGCUAUGCAGAGACAGUUGGGGCUGUGGGGCCCCACAGUGUAGGAGACAGUCCAUAA